GAAUAAGAGACGUAAAAAAGUGGGUGAAAAUGCAAUUUUUACAAGGUGAGCAAAUGAUCGGGCCAAGUGCCAGGCAAGCGUUUUAGAAAGAGGCGGGUAGGGGAGACUAACCCGCAGCGCAGCCCUUGUGGAUCCAGAAGCUAGACUAGCACCACAUCGGUAGACAGUCCGAUUGAGAGAAGGAGGCUCGAGAUGCUGGAAAACCCUCCUCCUCCUCAGCCUGAUUCUAGCGCCGUCGUCAAGCGCUAUGCUCCUCCCAAUCAAAGGAAUCGUUCUCUUAACAGGCGCAAAUCGGGAGACCGAUUAGAUCGAAGUAACAGUCUUUUUGCAAAUGAUGCAGAGAAGAAUCAACAUGUUCCUUCAAGGAAUAUUCCUGUUCUAGAUCAUUUUGAUAUAGGGAGCAGCAAUCUCAUGCACGAAAACUCUCAUCCACGCUUGAUUGCUUUGGAGGGGUGUUAUCGCAGUGAAGCGUCCCAGCUUUUGAAUGAACGUUGGGCACAGGCAAUGCAUAACUACAAUGAUACAUCUGUAGAUUUAUCUGAAAGACCAGCAAUGUAUUCAGGAAGUAGUGCAUCAGCAUGGGGACACUCGAGGCUUCCUCAUCAGUUUAUGCUGCAAGCAAACAGUGGACCCUCCUCUGGAUCACAGAUGGACUUCUUAAGCGAACUCCGCCGUGCAAUUCGGGACGCCAGUCCCAAUUCCGAUAACUAAGUUCCACAUCUCUACUCUAAGUUAAAAUCUCAUCUGUACUGGCGCUAGGAGUCAGAAUUACAUGUUCUACUGUGUUGUUAAAACACCCCAGAAUUGUGCUGCUUUGUUAACAAAAAUGUGAUUUAUGUGACCAAAGUAUACUCAGACUCUGCAUAUGAUACUUAUAUAUAGUCAUGUGAUUUAUGUUCA